AUGCGCCUCUUGCUGACGCCGGCAGUUCGAAGUGCUGCAUUCUAUGUCGGUUCUACGGUAUUCUGCUCCUUGGUGGGCAAAGUUAUCGUCACACGAUUCUUCUUUGACUAUCCUGUUGUCAUCCUUAUGCUUCAAAUGGCUACCACUUUAUUCUUAAUCGAAUUGCUCAGAGUGUUUGGAAUAAUAAAGUUGUCUCCAUAUUCAUUCGACAAAGGACGACACUGCUUCUUACCUUCAAUUUUGCUAUGUAUUGCCCAAUGGCUCACCGUGGUCGCUUUCGAAGGAAUAGGGAUGCCGGCAUUCGAGGCUGUGAAGAGAAUCACUCCUCUGGUGAUCCUUCUCGGAGCAAGUGCAGUGUCCCGUCAAAGCCGUUUGGAUCAUGUUCAGCUGGUUGGCAUUGCCGCCGUUUCGUUUUCGUCAUUUCUGACAGUCAAUUUUGAACUUUCACUUGAUCAGUACUCGCUGUUCUAUGGAUUACUGGCUGCCAUUCUACAAGGCGCCGCCUAUCUACAGUUCGAGUCUCUUUCACACACAUACCAGGCUCUCGAGCUGUUGUAUAUGCAUGCGUUCAAUUCCUUAAUUGUAUUCCUUAUAGCAGAUGUAGUUCAGAGAUUACAGGACGAAAUCCGUGACGCAUUUAUGUACAUGAUGACAUCCGCACAUCCGCUGUUCGCCAGCGUGUUCGCCAUCUUGCUGGUGGCUGGAAUUCUGCUUCAGUUCUCCACAUUCGUCUGCAUAGAACACAAUGGCGCACUCAAUACACAAAUCAUUUCAAAUAUUCGAGCUGCUUUUCAGGUUUUCAUCGCCUACUUUUUGUCGGUCUACUUAUUCUACGAUGUUUCACCCGGUAUAUUUAAUUAUAUGGGACUUCUGCUAACUAUCGGUGCCGCUUAUUACGUAUACAAUCAACGAAGCGUCGAUUCUAUUCCACAAAAAACCGCCUGGACGAGUAAAGCCUAG